CUGUAUCAUACCCAAUCAUCAAAACUUCAGCUCUGCUGGGGCUGCUGCUGCUGCUGCUGCUGCUUCUUCUUCUUCUUCUUCUCUCUAUCCACCGCCUCCCCCUUCCCCGUCCUCCUCUCUCAGUCCGAAGCCAAUUACUGAGCAGCUUGCAUUCGUCUUCCUCUCCUGCGGUUCCUGGAGCUACGUCUUCUUGGCCCCUGCCCUCUGAUUCGCCGCUCCGCUCUCCCUCCUUCUGCCGCAAAGGGGGACACUCAUGGCGAGGCUAGUAGUUCUGGCAUCGCUGCUUGCCGUAAUUGGCCUCGCGCAGGGGGAGGCGCAAUGUGCGCGGUACAGCGGGCGGCCGCGGCCACAUAGCGUGACCAUCACUGAGUUUGGGGCCGUCGGCGACGGCCUGACCGUCAAUACGGUGCCCUUCCAGAACGCCAUCUUCUACCUGCGGUCCUUUGCCGACAAGGGCGGCGCACAGCUGUACGUGCCCAAGGGGCGGUGGCUCACCGGCAGCUUCAACCUCACCAGCCACCUCACCCUCUUCCUGGAGAAGGACGCUGUCAUCAUAGGCACCAAGGAUGUGACACAAUGGCCAAUUGUGGAACCUUUGCCAUCAUAUGGCCAAGGAAUUGAUCUUCCGGGUGCAAGGCAUCGCAGCUUAAUAAAUGGGCACAAUGUUACCGAUGUCAUAAUUACAGGGAACAAUGGAAUCGUAGACGGCCAGGGUUUGAUAUGGUGGAAUUGGUUUCGCUCAAACAAAUUGAACUAUAGCCGGCCUCAUCUUGUGGAGUUUGAGGAUUCGGAAGAAAUUGUGAUUUCGAACUUGACAUUUUUAGAUUCUCCAGCAUGGGGUAUACAUCCUGUGUAUUGCAGCAAUGUAACAAUCCGUAAUGUCACAAUCGAGACUGAAUUGGAUGCUCCACUCACCAAUGGAAUUGUCCCAGAUUCAUGCUCGAAUAUGUGCAUUGAGGACAGCAGAAUUAGCGUCGGUCAUGAUGCCAUCUCAUUAAAAAGUGGGUGGGACAACUAUGGCAUUACAUUUGGAAGGCCAACCUCAGAUAUUCACAUUAGUAGAGUGGAUCUGCAAGCCUCACUGGGAGCUGCUCUUGCAUUUGGCAGUGAGAUGUCUGGUGGGAUCUCGGAUGUUCAUGUUGAUCACCUUCAUAUUCAUGGUUCAUCCAAAGGUAUAUCCUUCAGGACCGCACCAGGCCGUGGUGGUUAUAUAAGGGAUGCGAUAGUAUCAGAUGUCCAAAUGGAAGACGUCCAUGUUGCAAUCGAGUUCACCGGCGAUUGGUCAAGCCAUCCUGAUGAACAUUUUGAUUUGUCUGCACUCCCGGAGAUCAGUGGAAUCACCUUAAAAGACAUGGUUGGAAAAAACAUUUCGUUUGCAGGAGUUUUGUCGGGAAUCGAUGGUGAUCCUUUCACCAAUAUCUGCCUCUCCAAUAUCAAUUUCAGCAUAGCUGAUUCAGCGCAUUCCGCCUCUUGGUCUUGCUCCAACAUUUCUGGAUACUCCGAGUCAGUAUUUCCUGAGGCUUGUUCCGACCUCCACAGUCAAUCAUCAAAUUCCUCCAUCUGCUCAUCCACCCUUAGCUACCAUGCCCUUGCGACAGCGUAAAUGCAUAUAGCACCCAAUAUUCAUCCUUUCAUGUUUCUGUCCAUGUACAAUCUAGAGACAUCUAGCUCUAGCUUCAUCACCAUCUUUCCCCCCAAAAAUUCUCUUCCGUUAUAGGUGCAUCAAAGAAUCAUCGGGCUUCAUACAGUCAGCUUUGAGGCUCAUAAUACAACAAUUUGGCUGGCGUCCUUGAUGAGUCCAGAGAGGUGUUUCCUUGUACAGUUACAUUUGUUCAUUCAAUCUGUAAGAAAUUUUGUCCGGUAGGUUGUCGAGUCCAAAGAGUUGGUUUAUAUUGCUGUUUAUUUUAUUGCCAUAUAUAAAAUAAACAUUAUACAAUAUGUUAAGGUGACCCUGUACAUCUUGUCAUCAUCAUCUUGUGAGCAUCCAAUAGAACAGCCUCACAUGUUAUCCUGGGAUGCACAGGCUGGCCCCUGUAGCCCAGCAUGCUCCUUGUCCUGGCUGUCAAAUAAAUUGGUAUCAAUGGGGUUGUUAGGCCGGUUUUGAUGGCUUCUUUGUCUCUUUGGGGGGCUUUAUUGGCUAGGCUUUGUCGCCAUGUCAUGUCGCAAGCUCAUACUAUCAUGUUGGGGUUGCCAUUUGUGCAAGCUUUGGCCAGCUACAUCAGUACCAAAUCACCGGAUAAAAAUAAGCGGCCGCGGCGGAGAGGAGCUGGCACUGAUGGCUGAUAGCUAAUGUCUCCUGUACUCGUCUGGCGCCACUUGGGCAGCAUGUGCAACCAACCUGCCGCCUUUGCAAAGAUUGUACACGCUGGGAACAAGGGCAAUCACUCUUCUGACGCCACCACCGUCUACUGCUCAUGAGAUAAUUGAUUGUACUGUACUGCAGCAGUGGCCGUUUUCACUUACUGAAGUUGCAGUGCCUUGAUCAGAAGUCUUGGAACCAAGGUAAGAACAAGACAGUAGAAGGUUCUGUAAAAAAAGAAAAAAGAACAGCAGCAGCAUCGGAUCCUGGUUGGUUCAGAAAAAGCCGAGGUGGCCAUGUGGUGCAUUAUAUCAUUGCAGAAGAUGCGUCCAAAAUUAACGUUCAGAUGCUGCUACAAUACAGCCUUUGAAUUCUGAGGGCGGUCAAAGGUGGAUGUUGAUUUCCUGUUGGAUAAUGCUAUGCUGCUGCUGCGGGUCCAGUGGAUUUAUUACUGCUGAAUGCAAAAAUCCAGCGGAUUUACUGCUAAGAAGAAUGAGCACAAAACACACCAGCUACGACCUCCCAUCUGGAAAUCGGUAGAAUAUGGAUGGAUUCGUUGGACGACCUUAUCAUGAUGUCUCCGACCGAGUUGAUGACAAAAUGCGGGACCAGCACGACGCCCGGCAGGCAUCCAAGUGUGCGAGCAUGCACGCAAGCAAAUAUGCAAGUGUUCAAAGCGAUCGGUGGGGUGGCGCAUUCGAUCUUGUCCUGAACGAUACUGUACGUCCGUGUAGGCAAAGCGGUGGCGUGGUUUAUGCUCUCUUCGGCGCGCCGGUGACGUGGGAAUUGUACUGGCGCGAUUAAGUGGUGUGCGGGACGGUUUACGGGGAAGAGUUCGCGCGUGCGGCUUGCCGUGGUGGCUUGCUUCACGCUGUGUUUGAGCAUCUUGUGUGGAGAUUAAUGAAUGAGUGAUCAGAAUGCUUGGACUCGUGAUCA